UCAAGAAUUCGAAACUCGAGAUAAUUACUAUAUAUAUAUAUAAGAAGAAGAAGAGUUAUUUACUACAAAUAAAAACAGAUGUUUGAUGUUAUUAAUUUUAGGACAAUAAUUAUUGCAAUUUUAAUGUUAAAACAAAGCUUUGCAAUGGUGUCUACACAUUUCAAAUGUCGUGGUGGUGUUUAUCCACGAUCUACAAUAGAAAGAUUCCCAGUUCCCAAUGACAAAGUUGGUUGGUCUACAGAGUACAAUGAAUACAAACCUGUUGAUUACACUUCUCCAAAUAUUAAUGGGAAACCAUGGGCUGAUCCAGAUAUAGGAAGCCCCAAUUUUGUACCGAAAUGGAACAUGAUAGAUGGAACUGUAGAUAGAAGUAGUCAUCAAGGUAUUUACCAAAUCCUAAAUGAACGACCACAAAAUCCAAUCGGACGCACAGGCAUAUCUGGUAGAGGUAUCUUAGGCCGCUGGGGACCAAACCAUGCAGCAGAUCCUGUUGUCACUCGCUGGAAACGUCUCAAUGGAGAUAGCAUUGAGAACAAUACUAAUAAUGAACCAAUCCUACAAUUUGUUGCUGUAAAAAGAGGAGACACUGGAGAAUGGGCUUUACCUGGCGGCAUGGUAGAUCCUGGUGAAAAAGUUACAGCAACUGCUGUCAGGGAGUUUCAAGAAGAGGCAAUGAAUUCCCUUACCAUGUCACAAGAAUUAAAAAAUGCCUGGACAGAGAAGCUAAGAAAAUUUUUCAGUGAAGGCGAAAUAGUUUAUAAAGGAUAUGUCGAUGAUUGGCGUAAUACUGAUAAUGCAUGGAUGGAAACUGUAGCUUAUAAUUUUCAUGAUGAUAGCGGCGCAACAGUAGGAGCAAUCACACUCAAUGCAGGAGAUGAUGCUGUCGGAGUCCGCUGGGUCGACAUCACACCUGAUAUAAAAUUAUACGCUAGUCAUGAAGGGAUUGUCAAAGAAACUUUGAAAAGGCGCCUUCUAGUUUUAAGAGGCCAAUAAAAUUGUUUGCAAAAUUUAAUGCAUAUUCUUUUUAAAUUCUACAUACACACAGUAGCAUAUCAGGUU